CGGACCGUAUGAAGAGCGGAACCUUCAGACGGAGUCCGUGCGCCUCGGGGGGCGUUUGAGGUCGGUGCUCCUGCACAAUUGAUAGAUAAAAUAAAAGAAUCCGUGAGUAUUACAAAAUUUAAUAGUAAUAAUUUAAUGUAUCGCAGCACAGCCGGGAGAUCCUACCAAGGGUGUAAAAAGGUGGUCUGAAUGAAGAUGUGUAAGUAAUGCUCUUGGAGACCCAGGGGACACCAUGUCAGAAGAGGCGAUCUCAGGGAGUGACCUGGAGCCCAGCCUUAACAGCGAGGAGGAAGAGGAGAUGGAGGAGGAAGAGGAUGGAGAGAACGAUGGGGAUGAUGAGGAAGACAUGGGCGACCAGCUUGAGAGCCUGGAGGCCAAGGAUCAAAGAGAUCUGACCAGCCCGGCACCUACCUCACCGAUGUCUGGAGACUCCAGCCCUGAGCCCUCAUCCCGACCCUCGUCCACCUCACGGACGUCAUCACGGCCCGGCUCUCAACCCCCAUCCAGCCCAGACAGCCGCAGCAACGCGUCUGCCAACAGCAACACCAAGAAGUCGUCGUCCAAAACCUCUAAACCUGCUCACUUGAGGAGGAACAUCCGGAAGCUCCUUAAGGAGCACCAGCUGGAAGCGGGAACCAAAGCUGCCCAGCAGGAGGAGCUCGAGCGACGGCGGCGUCUCGAACAGCAGAGGAAAGACUUCCCCCUUCUCGCAGAUCUAUCCACUGCAGCGCCAGGUCCCAAACAGGAAGUGAUCUGUCUGGACAGCAGCGGAGACGAGGGCGAGGCUAAAGAAGCUCCGCCCCCUCAGCUGCCUGCCCUCAGAGAUGAUGUGAUCGAAUUAAGUUCAGGUGAUGAAGAUGCCCUGCGGAUAAGCAGUGAGGAAGACAACAGUGAAGAUCGCUCUGUCACUCCUGGCACGGAGGAGAGCAGCGGGUCUCAUGUGAACGACAGCCUCAAUCAACCAGAUGCCCAGGGAAGGGUGCUGGUCAAUAUCAACCAUCCUGGAGACGAGGAGGACCUGUUCCUCGCCCCGCGGCUCGCCCGCGCUGUUAAACCACACCAGAUUGGUGGUAUUCGUUUCCUGUAUGAUAACCUGGUGGAGUCUCUAGAGCGCUAUAAGAGCAGCAGUGGCUUCGGCUGUAUUCUGGCUCACAGCAUGGGCCUGGGCAAAACCCUUCAGGUCAUCUCCUUUAUCGACGUCCUGCUGCGGCACACUGGAGCCAAAACUGUCCUCGCCAUUGUACCUGUGAAUACACUACAGAACUGGUUGGCUGAGUUUAAUCUCUGGCUGCCUGCUGCUGAGUCCCUUCCCCCCGACACGGAUCCAGUCCAUGCUUUACCUCGAACCUUUAAGGUUUACAUCCUCAAUGAUGAGCACAAAACCACGGUGGCCCGGGCCAAGGUGGUGGAGGACUGGACUCGUGACGGUGGGGUGCUGCUAAUGGGGUACGAGAUGUACCGCCUACUGUCUCUCAAAAAGAGCUUUGUGACCGGCCGCAAGAGGAAGUCCAAGAAACCCGCGGGACCUGUAAUUAUCGACCUGGAUGAGGAGGACCGUCAGCAGGAGCUCAUGAAAGGGAUUGAAAGAGCGCUGUCGCGACCCGGUCCGGAUGUCGUCAUAUGCGAUGAGGGCCACCGUAUCAAAAACUGCCACGCCAGCACCUCGCAGGCCCUGAAGAACAUCCGGUCGCGGCGGCGGGUGGUUCUGACCGGAUACCCGCUGCAAAAUAACCUGACCGAGUACUGGUGCAUGGUGGAUUUCGUCCGGCCCGAUUUCCUCGGGACGCGGCAGGAGUUCAGUAACAUGUUCGAGCGUCCCAUUCUGAACGGCCAGUGUAUAGACAGCACGCCGCAGGACGUCCAGCUCAUGAGAUACAGGAGUCACGUCCUGCACAGUCUGCUGGAGGGCUUCGUGCAAAGACGAGGUCAUGAUGUUCUCCGCAAUCAGCUGCCGGCGAAAGAGGAGCACGUGAUCCUGGUACGACUGUCUCGCCUGCAGAGGGCGCUCUAUACGGAGUUCAUGAACCGCUUCAGGGAGGCGGGAAACACCGGAUGGCUUGGACUCAACCCGCUUAAAGCUUUCUGUGUUUGCUGCAAGAUCUGGAAUCAUCCGGACGUUUUGUACGAAACUCUGCAGAAGGAAAAUCUGGCCAAUGAGCAGGAUCUUGACCUGGAUGACCUCAACUCCACCAGCGGGACCCGCUGCUCUGCACCAGGAAUAAAGGGCAAGUCGUCCGACCCGGCCAACAGCAAGAUGGCUGCUAUGGGACCCCUGAACCCCUUACAGGAGAGGGCCAACCAAGUCAUCACAUAUGAAUGGGCAAAAGACAUCAUGACCAACUACCAGACAGGUGUUCUGGAGAACUCGGCCAAGAUGGUUCUGCUUUUCCACCUAAUUGAUGAGAGUGUCAAACGAAGAGAUAAAAUACUUGUUUUCAGUCAGAGUCUAUCAACACUCACGGUUAUGGAAGAUUUCCUGAGUCGGAGGCCCAUGCCAAUCCAAACAGAAACUGGGACACACAGCUGGGUCCGGAAUGUCAAUUACUACAGGUUGGAUGGGAGCACAUCGGCUUCAGAGAGAGAAAGACUCAUCAACCAGUUUAAUGACCCAGCGAACAACCAAACCUGGGUCUUCCUGCUGUCCACCAGGGCUGGAUGUUUGGGGGUGAAUCUGAUCGGUGCGAAUCGCGUGGUGGUUUUCGACGCAUCGUGGAAUCCAUGUCACGAUGCUCAGGCUGUCUGUCGCGUGUAUCGCUACGGCCAGUGCAAGCCUUGCCACAUCUAUAGGCUGGUGUGUGACUUCACACUGGAGAAGAAGAUCUACGACCGGCAGGUGUCCAAGCAGGGCAUGUCUGAUCGAGUCGUGGAUGAUUUGAACCCUGUCCUCACCUUCACACGGAAGGAAGUGGAGUCACUGUUGCACUUUGUAGAGGAGGUGCCUGGUCCCAGCCAAUCAGAGCAGGUCCCUAGUGAGGACAUAGAAAUCGUCAUUAAACAAGCCUGCCUGUUAUAUCCACACCUCUUAACCAAGCAACCGUUCCAUCACGAGUCUCUCCUGAUGGACCGCAAGGAUUCGAAACUGACCAAAGCGGAAAAGAGAGCAGCCAAGAAAAGCUAUGAAGAUGAGAAGCGGGCGUCUGUGCCGUAUCAGCGGCCCUCUUACGCACAUUACUACCCAGCUAGUGACCAGAGACUCACCAAUAUUCCCGCCUUCAGCCAGAGGAACUGGCGGCCCCCUCCUCAUUUAGAAGAAAAACCAGUUGCAAGUGUGAGACCAGUUCAGUCCACACCCAUUCCCAUGAUGCCCCGACAGGUACCCAUGAGUGUCCCCAGUUCAAGCGCGGGAUUCCCCGUCAACUACCUGCAAAAGGCCGGCGUUUACGUGCAGCGCAUCGUCACCACCACUGAUAUUGUGAUCCCAGGUUCCAACAGCAGCACGGAUGUCCAAGCCCGGAUCGGUGCAGGAGAGAGUAUUCACGUUAUCAGAGGAUCCAAAGGCGUUGCAGGCACAUACAUCAGGACCAACGAUGGGAGGAUAUUUGCCAUCCGUUCUGGAAAGUCAAGACCACCCGAAGGAGGAGCCACAGCUUCAAGAGAGGAAUUGGGCUCUCCCUUGCAUUCUGUCAGUAAUGGUCGUGCAUCUCCUCAGGAGCCGAAACGUUUAACCCCUGAGGCUCCGCCUCGCCCUUCGCCCCAAGACAGCCCCAAGCUGCUCCGAGAAUUCCAGAGCAACAAGGACCCGGUUCCUGUGGGAGAGAACUUACCAUCUUUAGCAACACCCGAAACCUUGGGAGCAGAUAGAUCCAUCCAGAACCCAGUUCGCGUCCCUGACCAACACCGGCAGCUCAGCAAUGACACUGCAUCGUCUGUGGAUGUUCAAAGUUUGAAACGUAAGCUUGUGGAAAGUCGGACAUCCAAACAGCCUAGCACCAAACGGACCUCAACGUCAACCAGUGCAGUCGGGAGUUACCCGGGGUUUCCUUUAAGCCCCGGGUUUGGGUUCCCACCUAUGGGGCUGAACCCUGCCUUGUUGGGUGCCCUGGGUCACAUGACUCCCCCCUCUCUUGGAAGCAGGUCGCACCUCCUACAGCAAGCUGGUCAGGCUCUGGGUGACCUUCAUGCCAUGUUUCCCACUGACCCACUCGGACUUGGCGUGUCCAACAGCACUCUUUCCUCGACCUGCUCGACCAACACCACAUCCUCCACCCAUGUUGGAAUGCUGGCCUCUUCUUCAUCCUCUGUGCCCUCUUCAUCAUCGUCCUCCACUUCCUCUUCGCUCCCACCCUUCUUCAUGAACCCCAGCAUGGCAAGCAUGCUCUCCGGCUUCCCAGUACCAUUUUCCCAGCCGCUGUUCCGGGAUUCCCUACUACCUAGAGGCCUGUCCUCUAUGCCAACCCCUGCCUCCACUGCCUCCAAUUUUCUCUCUUCCUCCGGGCUUUUGGGGGCAGCGUUCAACCGCCCCGACACUCACCCCCCACUCACAGAAAACGGCGGGAGUAGCUCGGAUGACGAUGUCAUAGAGGUGAUGGGCCAGUGAUCGCAGUGAUUGGCUGCCUUGGAUUCCGUUGAUCCAAAUAGAAGAAUCAGAUUGAAUGGAGCUGAAAUUAUGUAAAUCCAAAUGCUGAAUAUGCAUGGGGUUAAGAAAGGCGAUAUAUAUUUUUCUUUACCGUAAGGGACCAGAGCACAGGGCUAACUUGAAGAGCCCUAGUCGUAUCUCUCUCGCAAAGGGUCAGGACACGGACCUGACGAAUUCCCUCGGAGAGAAUACUAAUCCGAACUUAAAUGUGAUUGUCUUUACAGACUGUUUGCAUUCAUAAGAGAUGACUUUAGAGAUACUUAGCCGUUUGCUAGACCUUGUAGCAUCACCUGGAAUGAUAAACGAGAAAAACAUAUGUGACCUUUUUUUAUUAUAAUUGUAAGUACUACUAUUACUUUUGUAAACGGUGGUCCUACAUGAAUAUUAAUAUUCGUUUCAAAUCGCAGACUGGGCAGCGGGGGGAAUUCGUAACAGUCGAAUCGCAAAGCAACAGAAGCCAUGCCAAGCGUUAGCACCGCCGAGACCUUUUUGCUUUCCUUCGAAAAAAAAAAAAAAAAAUGACAAGAAAAACCUUAAACUCGAAUGUAUUUUCAUGUUAGCCUUUAAAAUUUGGUGGAGGGACGUAAGUUUAGUGCAUUUAGUUCAAUAUUAGCCUUAAAGCAGACAAAUGGAUCUGUGUUCUCGUUCAAUUGCGUAGCAAACAAAAUCAUCCGUUGUUCUCCAUGGGGAUCAUCUUACGAAUGUGUAGACUGUUAUGCGACCCUAUUAGCUGUUGUUUUUUAAAAUUUGCGCUUCGGAUCAUCUGCCCGCUCGUUCAGUUUCAUCCGUGUUGGGGCCACAGUCAUGACCAAAGUGUUCGUUUGGCCUCUUCGAAGAAUCUCGGUGUGUUAAACGUUUGUGUUAAUGUUGACUCAUUCGCGCGCUGGUUGACCUGUGACUGACAAAUCCCUCCGCCAAUAACACUGUUCAUUCUCUGUGCCUAUUAGAGCUCUUUAUUUUGACUCCUCCCAUGGUCUGCUUUCUGAUUGGCAGAUACCCACUUCAUGAUCUUUGGCCUGAGUCUUCAGACGCUGUUAUAUCAAUAUAAUGGGGUGUGCAUUUGACGUGAUUAUAUCUUUUUUUUUUUUUUUGUUAUUUGAAUCUUUGUUUUGUAACAUCUUAUGGCAUACCUAUGUAUUAGUUUUGUUUUCUCUUUUAACUGUACAAAUUUACCAGAAAUAUUUAUUUAUAAUGCUGAAGAGUAAUUCAUUUUCAUUCUUUUUUUUUAUUUUUAUACGUUUUCAACCUUUUUUAAGAAGGAAAAAAAUCCCUCUAACAGAGAGACACAGGGUUUUUUUCCCUCAUAGGUGAGUUCAAGACCAUGAUCUGUGAGCGAUUCAGCAUUCGGGACCCGCAAACACAUGUGAUCACAUACAGGUGCUGUCCUGGGAGG